UGAACAAGGAAGAAAACUGAGUAAAUUUUCCUGCUCCUCGGAUGCUGCCUGAACUGCUGUGCUCUUCCAGCACCACUAACUGGAGCGAAGGGAAACGGUACAGAGCUGAGUUGCACCUGAGCAGAGGCGGAGAGAAGCAGUUUCAUUGCCCGUGAAACAAUGGGCUGCAAAUUGUUCUCUCUGAAACCCAUCACCAGGACGCGUGCGACCCUUCUCUCAACAUUCUGAGGUAUUAAAAGCAAGAUAAUUUGGCAAGUGGCUAACAAAGUUUGUAAAAAAAAAGGACCUUUACAUCAUCUCAGAACUAAAGAGACAGAUACAGCAAGAUAAGACCUUGGAUGUGCCUGGAAAACGCACAGUAACCUGCAUGGCUUCCUCCUGUUUUAUCUCGGCUUUAUCCCCCAGUCGCAAGCGUGGAGUGAUGGCUGAAAAGCCAGUCGAUCCUGGUUGUGUGUCAAUCGCUUUGGAAGAUGCGGUUUGCAAUGGCGCCUCCCAGGAUGCACCUCUCCUCACCACACACCUCAAGAAGGUGGAGAACCACAUCACUGAGGCACAGCGAUUCUCCCAUCUGCCCAAACGCCCAGCGGUGGACAUAGAGUUCAAUGACCUCUCCUACUCCGUCAGCGAGGGGUCUUGCUGGAAGAAAAGAGGUAGGGGAUACAAGACGCUGUUAAAAUGCUUAUCCGGAAAGUUCUGCAGUCGAGAGCUAAUUGGGAUUAUGGGUCCUUCAGGCGCCGGAAAGUCAACCUUCAUGAACAUUCUGGCAGGAUACAGGAAAACUGGAAUGAAAGGGCAAAUCCUGGUGAAUGGACAACCUCGGGACCUGCGAACUUUCAGGAAGAUGUCCUGUUACAUCAUGCAAGAUGACAUGCUCCUUCCACACCUGACCGUAUUGGAAGCCAUGAUGGUAUCGGUGCACCUCAAGCUGAAGGAGAGAUUAGAAGUUAAAAAGGAACUGGUAAAUGAAAUCCUGACAGCCCUGGGUCUCCUCGACUGCUCAGACACGCGGACUCUCUCUCUGUCUGGUGGACAGCGCAAGCGGCUGGCCAUCGCCCUGGAACUUGUCAACAAUCCCCCUGUCAUGUUCUUUGACGAGCCGACCAGUGGGUUAGAUAGCGCCUCCUGUUUCCAGGUGGUAUCACUGAUGAAGUCACUCGCUCAAGGUGGGAGGACCAUCAUCUGCACCAUCCAUCAACCCAGCGCUAAGCUCUUUGAGAUGUUCGAUAAGCUGUUCAUCGUGAGUCAAGGGCAGUGUAUCUACAAAGGAGUAGUCCCCAGCCUCAUCCCGUACCUUAAAGGCCUGGGCUUGCACUGUCCAACCUAUCACAACCCUGCUGAUUUUAUUAUUGAAGUCGCCUCGGGUGAAUAUGGAGAUUUGAACCCUCUGCUGUUCAAGGCUGUUCAGGAUGGAAUGUGCACCAUGGCGGAAAAGAAGAACCCAUCCAAGGGGGGUGAUCCUUCAAGCUGGAAAUCCCAGAGUUUGACGGACGCAGGCCCCAUUGAGAGCUGCACUUUUGCAAUAAGCUCCUUUGUUCAGUUUUAUAUCCUCUUCAGAAGGACCUUCAUUUCCAUUCUGCGAGACAUGGUUUUGACCCAUUUACGAUUCAUGUCUCACAUCUGCAUUGGAGUCCUCAUCGGUCUGCUGUAUCUGAACAUUGGUGAUGAGGCAGAGAAAGUAUUCAACAACACAGGAUGCCUCUUCUUCUCCAUGCUCUUCCUCAUGUUUGCUGCUCUGAUGCCAACUGUCCUGACCUUUCCAUUGGAGAUGUCUGUAUUUCUGAGAGAACACCUCAACUACUGGUACAGCCUAAAGGCUUACUACUUGGCUAAAACAAUGGCGGAUGUUCCUUUUCAAGUGGUCUGUCCAAUUGUCUACUGCAGUAUUGUCUACUGGAUGACAUCGCAGCCCCCUGAGGCUUCCCGCUUCCUCUUGUUUGCCAGUCUGGCCACAGCGACCGCACUGGUGGCCCAGUCACUUGGACUCCUGAUUGGUGCUGCAUCCACAUCUUUACAGGUAGCCACCUUUGUGGGCCCAGUCACUGCCAUCCCAGUGCUUCUAUUCUCGGGAUUUUUUGUUAGUUUUGAUACCAUCCCCACCUACUUGCAAUGGAGCUCCUACGUCUCUUACGUAAGGUACGGCUUUGAAGGCGUCAUCCUGUCAAUAUAUGGACUGGACAGAAAAAAUCUGACCUGCAAUACUGGGUUUUGCCCGUUUAAGGAACCAAAGAAAAUUCUGCAAGUGAUGGAUGUGCAGGACUCAAAACUUUACAUGGAUUUCAUCGUCCUUGGUAUUUUCUUCAUUAUCUUGCGUUCCCUGGCUUACCUCGUUCUUCGAUACAAAGUCAAGUCCGAGAGAUAGAGAGAGAGAGCUUCACUGCUGGUGAAUAUUCUGCAGCGUUCAGUCGUAUUGUCUAUGAGCUGGAUUCAUUCUGCUGAACUUGUGUUUUGGAUGUGGCCUGUAUUAGGCUCAUCAGCCACGAGAUGGGCAUCGAAGCCAGAGAGAUCAUUACAAGACUAAAUCUCCAAAUGUCACGAUGGCUGAUGUUGGGCCUUUUGAUUUCAAAGAUCUUAUUUUUGCUGCUGCAGUUACUUUAUUGAAACUUAAUUAACCCUUACCCAUCCAGAGAACAAUUUAUCAAAAGAAAAUGCAACUUUUUGGAAGUUGUAAAUGAAAUAAUUCUGCAUGGGCCUUCUGCACACUGACAAUUCAAGGAUGUUACACCCAAAAAUUUACAUGUUUCAAGAAACCCUGUUUGUCAAUUAUAGUUAUAUGUCACUCUAAAGUAUAUAUCUUUUUUUAAAUGAAACUUUGAUUUUCAAUCAGGGCUGUUAUUAAGCACAGUUUUUGUAGAACAAUGUAUGCUUUAUCUCUCUCCUGAAGCAUGUUAGCUUAUAGCAUGUCUUGUCAAAUUAUUAUAAUUGUAAGUAUAAAGAAAAAUCAAAACAAAGCAGUAUAAACCAAAACUGUUAUAAUAGGCAUUGUGGAAUUAGUUUCUGAAAUUUCAAAAGUAUAUUUAAAAACAAGUCUUGAAAGUGUUAAACAUUUAAAAUAACUGUAGUGUAAUCAUUUUUUUACAGAAUUUUAUAUUACGCCUGUUGAUUUUUUUGGGUAUUUGGAGGUUUCCUUCCUUCGUUACUUAAAAAUAAUCAAUAUUAUUAAUGCAUUCCUCUGACUCCAAACAUCAAACCUUUUCUGAUCACAACCUCCUGACCUAUUUAUUUUGGGUCACGAUGGUGUUGUGACAGAAAUUCUGCCCCAUUUGUGCAUCUGUAUUUAAUAAUAUACCAAUGUUCAUAUUCACCACAGUAGUUAUCAUCUUAAACUAUACCAAUUCUGUAAAAAUUUAGAACAUUUGGCUCAAAAAGUAGCAAUUUCUGAGUUUUUGCCACAUUUCAACUCAAUUUUAAUUAUUGCUGUAUAGUUUCUUCCACAUGAUACUGUGGGUAAUGUCCUCACUGCCAUACAGGUAAAAACAAUGACUGCAGAUGCUGGAAACCAGAUUCUGGAUUAGUGGUGCUGGAAGAGCACAGCAGUUC